CGAGGAAAAGCCCGUGGGGUGGCUCGGCGGCAACCCAGCGAGGCUGGGCUCGGCUCACCUUGAAGUCGUUGCCGCUGAGAUCCACGCCGCGGACGAACGGCAACACCCCGGUGGCCUCCAUGGCGGCGCCGCUCUGCUGCCGGGCCGGGAGGGAGCUAGGGGCCGCCCCGAGAGCCGCGGGCUGGGCUAGCGCCGGCCCCGCCCCUUUAACCCGCCCGCACCCGGAGUCUGCGCACCUGGACCGCACACUCCACGGGAAGUGUAGGCCCGGCUGGUCCGCGAGGGUGUGGCGGUGGCUGUAGGACCCUCGAGGCCUCAGUUUCCCAGUCUUUUUCGGGUACUGGAGAGACCUCCAGGAGUCUGGGCGCUCCUUGUGCUCAGGUUGGAGGCUUCCACAACCUCCAAGUUUCAGUCUCAGCGUCCGGGGCCGCUGACGUUGACCUUAUUCCGGGAGAGAUUCCGGACCCGUUAGGCUCUGCAUCAGACAGGUGGUAGUAAGACAUUUGAGUUCUCGGUUUCUUACGCUUAUGCUUCUGCCUUCAAUUUCCUCAUCGAUAGACAGUUUCCUAAGGUUGUUGCUAGAAGCAAAUGCAUGUGUAGCUUGCAGCAUACAGCAGGUACUCAAUAUUCGUGGCAGGUUAUUAUUAUUUUCGCUUGUGUCAACACUUUCUCCUCUCUUACUUAUUGGUUUGUUUCGUAAGAAGAAGCGUCCCUCCUGGGCCAUCUGUUUGUGGCUGUCUUGUUGGAAUCUGCACACAGUAAGUGCCCAGUAAAUGAGCCACAGCUGUUCUACGCACAAAUCUACUUCACAGGGGUGAGGGGGGUGGUGACAUCUAACAUCCCAGUUAUACAGGAGAGAAAACAGGCCUGGGGGAAGAAAGUCCCACAAAAGGUCUCCCGGAGCAGUAGGCAGGGGUUGGCUUUUUAGCCACAUUGUGUGCCGCGCGGCCCAAUAGGUAAUAGCGAGGGGGAAAAUAUAGGACUUUGGGACAGGUGCGGUCUGUCUGUCACACAACGGCCCAGUUGUUGGCUCGGAAUGCUGCCUACACCUUUAAAUCCGGACUUCGUUGGAGAGUCCCGUCCCCGUGGGAGCGUGGUCGAUCUGUCAUUGGCUGAGCCGCGCAGUAUUUUGGAACGUGUGCGCUGGAGUCUAGCGCUCGGAUUGGAGUGAAGACCUGCUUGUCUGCGUGCCUCCGGGGUCAGUGGCCGCCCCGGGGCCUCGGCGUUCGGUUCCCAGGUCCUCCACCUUCCAUUCUCAAGCAGGUCUGGCCAUCAGGGCCCCGCGAACCCGCUGUGUCCUCUGGUGGAUGAGCUGAGACCGAGACGCAGGUGCUGCACUUGGUUCCCAGGGCCUCAGCGUCCUUACUUGUGAAUGGACCCGUAACAGGCCCAUCUGUGGGCAGCUGCGUGACCGGCUUAGCCCUGGCCCAGGGCAGGAGGGUUUGGCUAACCCAGAGGACAGGCGGCAUCCAGGACCUAGCUGCUCAGGACGGAUCAUGGCAGAGUUCUCCCAGAAGCGGGGAAGGCAUCGUGGUGAUGAGGCCCUGGGCAGCGCUGUGGACUUCCUCCUGGCCAACGCCCGCCUGGUCUUAGGUGUGGGCGGGGCUGCUGUGCUGGGCAUUGCUACCUUGGCAGUGAAGCGGCUCAUUGACAGGGCCACUAGCCCUCGGGAUGAAGAUGAUGCUAAGGGAGACAGCUGGAAGGAACUAAACCUGCUGAAGGCCACACCACACCAACAGCCCCAGCCCCCACCUGUUUCGCUCAGCCAGCCGGUGUCGCUCCCAGCCCCCUUGCCCUCUGCCCCAGAGAGUCCCACAGAUACCAAUCCUCAGAAGUCACCUCAACUCAGCUCCCCAGUACCACUGUGUCUGACAUUCCAGGAGAAGUUACUGGCAUUUGAGCAGGAACAUGUGGUUAUUCCAGCAGCUCAUGUGGCUUUGGCCAAACAGCUGGCCGGUGACAUUGCCCUGGAGCUACAGGCCUACCUGCAGAACAAGUUCCCAGAACUGCCCUUUGGGCCACUUGUGCCUGGUGGGCCACUCUAUGAUGGGCUACAGGCAGGGGCUGCUGAGCAUGUGCGCCUCCUGACACCGCUGCUGCUAGAGCCAGACCUGUGGAGUCUGGUGCCUGGCAUGGACACUGUGGCCAGGGACCCUCGCUGCUGGGCGGUGCGCAGGACUCAGCUUGAGUUUCACCCCCGAGGGAGCAGCCCCUGGGACCGCUUCCUGGUAGGUGGCUACCUCUCCUCCCGUGUCUUACUAGAGUUGCUCCGCAAGGCCCUGGUUGCCUCUGUCAACUGGCCAGCCAUUGGUAGCCUGCUCGGAUGUCUGAUCCGGCCCAGUGUGGCCUCAGAGGAGCUGCUGCUGGAGGUGCAGCACGAGCGCCUGGAGCUCACUGUGGCUGUGCUUUUGGCAGUCACUGGAGCCCACUCUGACAACCACCUCCUCCUGGCCUGGCCCCUGGAGGGGCUGGCUGGGAAUCUCUGGCUUCAGGACCUAUAUCCGGCAGAGGCUGCCAGGUUGCAGGCCCUGGAUGACCAUGAUAUUGGCACUCGCCAGAGGCUGUUGCUGCUACUGUGUGGUGUGUGUCGUGGCCACCCAGCCCUGGGGCAAUUGGGCCGGAGCCACCUGACCCAGGUGGUUCUUCGUCUGGGGGAAGAGGAAGUGGACUGGGCCGAGGAGGCCCUCGGGGAGCGCUUUCUGCAGGCCCUGGAGUUGCUCAUCAGCAGCCUGGAGCAGGCCAGUCUGCCCUGUCACUUCAACCCCAGUGUGAACCUCUUGGAUGGUUUACGGGAGGAAGAGAUUGAUAGCAUUGGUUAUGCACUAUACAGUGGUCUACAGGCACCUGAGGGGCUGCUUUAGGUGGGUGGGGACCAGGUAGCCAGGAUGUUUUCUGAUAUUGGUGAUCUGUACUCAUCUCCUUCCCAGGGAAUUGCAGUGGGUUUUUUGUUUGCUUUUAGUCAGAACACAGGAGAGUACAUUACCUAGGCCCACAGGAUGGGCAUAUGCCUGGGCUAUGGUCCCUGGGAUCACUGAGCCUGGAGAGCUUGGGUAACUGUCACCUGAGUGUAACUGGGCUGCCCUGGGCAGCUUGGAGCGCAGCCACUUACUCAGGUGUCCCUCAGGCCUUUGGGAUGACCCAGGACCUGUGGUCAGUCCAUAUCACCAGCAGCGAAUCCACUGAGAAUGUGGCUUCUCCAUCCCAACCAGCUCCAUUUUUCUGCCACAACAGAAAUUUAUUGUUUUUUUCAGGCAACAGUGCCAGGCAUCCUGGGGGAAUCUAAGCAUCAUGUGUUUGUUCCCUCCCUGGGUGCUGGAGUUACCUGGUAUCCUGGAGGCCAGCUUUUUGUUUUAUUUUUUGAUACCAGGGAUUGAAUCCAGGGGCACUUAACCACUGAGCCACAUCCCCAGCCCUUUUUAUUUUUUGAGACAUAGUCUUACUAAGUUGCUGAGGCUGGAUUUGAACUUGGGAUCCUCCUGCUUCAGUCUCCCCUCCCACAGGUGUGCACUACUACACCUGGGUAGAGGUCAGCUUUUGGCUAUUGAAGGUUAGUGUUUUCCUUAUGUCUUCUGUAUUUGUUUUUCUUGUUGAAUUCUACUCUGGAAAGAACUGCUGCCCACCGGAUACCUCAGUGAAGGUUCUUUUCCCUCCAGCUAGGUGAGUUUUCUCCUCAGGUAGCAGAGGCCCACAGCCAAAGCUGUACCACAAUAGCUGCUCCUGGGCGCCACUGGAAAGCAGAGGACACGCCCUCCCCAGAGGCCUGUGUGUUGACCUGGCCUCUUUAGUGUGCCAAAAUGAACUCUCAGCGGAUGUCUGUAUUCUGACCUUGUAGCCUGGCCAAGGUAACAGGGGCUGGAGGAAGGAGACUGCCUCCCCUCCUACCUCUGGUAUCCCUUGUGUCGAAGCAAAGCUUUGUGUUGAAGAAUGUGAGCAAGAAUAAAAGGAAAGAUUCUCAUGUGUGUGUGAUCUUU